AUGGAGAAUUUUCGCGUCAACAUCAAGCUGAAAUAUAUUUUAGUGAUUACUUGAGUUUUAUUCUUCUGAGCUGGGCUAGCUUGAAUGUCUUAUGAAUUUGAAAAUACCGAAAAAAUUGAAACUUCGAUUUUUACUGAUUAUACAGAAGACUACACAUUUAUUAAAUAUCUAAGAACGAAUGAACAAAUAGAGGAAACGUCUACACUUCCUUACAAUAUUUCAAUGAAAUCAUAUAGCUUAUUUCAACACUCAGAUCCAUUUCUUAUCAAUAAUUCAUGCAAUCCUCAAAAAUUUAGCAUGAAUGACCAACAAUUGAAUUUUGUGUUUGAUCAAUCUAAGAAAGAUCAAUCUUGCAAUGAAAGUUUUAGACCUAUAAUCACUAUAGAAAAUAAUUUACUCUCUAUUUCUUGUAGUGACAAUAGAACUGCCUUCUACCUUUUAGGCACUAAACCAGAGCAAGAGUACAUUGGAUCACCAAACACCAGAUAUAAAUUUACAGAAUAUGAGUCACCUGUGGACAUGGAAACUACUGAGUUUGCAUAUGCAAAAUGUGGAGAUGCUAAGCCUUCUGCAGUUUUAUUUAAUAGAUACUCACAAACAAUAUCAAACCAUUCUAUGAAUACUACUGAAAAGAUCACUAAAAUGAUGAAUAGCUCUAGUAUAAAGCCACUUACUGUGCUGUUGAUAGUCUUUGAUUCUUUAUCAAGACAACAAUUUUAUCAAAAUUUUCCAAAUUUUAUUACUUAUAUGAAUGAUUCCUUAAUAAAUGAAGCAUCUAAUAAGUAUCUUGUAUACGAUUUCCCCUUCCACAACGCUUUGGGAGAAAAUACCAUACCAAAUAUGCUUCCUCUUCUAUACGGAUUUUCUCUGAAAAAAGUAAAAGAAGACCUAUCAGGAUUUUCAUACAAAAAUGCAUCUUAUUAUGAAGAAUUCACUAAAUACCAGCGCUAUGCUAUAUGAAAACAUUACAAUAAGCUAGGAUUCGUAACAAUGUUUGGGUUUGAAACAGUUGAAGAGUAUCUCAAUCCAUAUACAGGCUAUAAAAUUAUAUCUGAUCAUAUGGCAUCAAAUUUUUGGCACAUUGCACGAGAGUAUAAUGGGUACUAUGAUUUUAAUCCUAUGGAGCGGUGUAUAGGAGAACAUUAUUCCCACAAUUUUUUGUUGAAUUAUACAUCCUCAUUCAUCAAUAAUUACAAAAGCCAUAAUAAGUUUAGCUAUAUUCAUCUUAUGGAAGGCCAUGAAUACACAGGAAAAGCAAUUAAAACAGUAGAUAAAGAUUUAUUGAGGUUUAUAAAUGAUACUUUGUCACUAUAUAAUGAGCUGGAUGAAGAUCUGGCUAUUAUAAUAACCUCAGACCAUGGGCUUCAUGUUGGAAAAUGGAAUUAUUUUGAAGAGGGCACAAAAGAAAAUUUGAUGCCCUUUGCAUUUUUUAUUAUGAAUAAAGAGCUUGUAUGAAAAAUUGGGCCUGAGACGCAUAGAAUUUUGCAAUAUAACCAAAGAAAAUUAAUAACAAAGUAUGAUAUCCGUUUAACUUUAAAACAUUUGGCUUUGAUGCCUUAUGGAGUUUUAUUAGAAAAUUCUACUUUAUAUUCGUCAUGAAAAACAGAAAUUUCUGAAGCAAACUCUGUCUCUUUGAUAGCUGAAAAAAUAAGCCCUGAAAAGACGUGCAUAGAUGUUAAUAUUCCUUCUUAUUGGUGCAUCUGCAAUGAGUACCAAGAAAUUUCUAUAACAGACGAAUCAAAAAUCGAUCUUCUGCAAUUUCUAGUUGAUUUUACAAUAGAAUUUAUCAAUGGCAACCUUAAUAAAAUCUACAUUUUUUGUAAGAAAAUCUCAUUUAACUCAUUGCUACAUGCUGAAAUGACGGAAAGUGCAGACUUUAGCUCUACUAUGAAUUUCAAAAUACAGUUCUCGAUAAAUGAAGAACCAAAUGCUAUUUUUCAAACAGAAAUUUAUAUGGCUCCUCCAGAUGUUUUUGUAGAUACUUUUAAGCCUAAUUUUGAAAGUGAGGUAUACCCUUUCAGUAACUAUACUUAUAACAAUGAAUUUUUCAUAGCUCAAAUUCAAAAUAUUUGGAGAGUGGACACAAUUAAGAGCUUUUCAUUGGUAAUAGCUCCACUGGUAGAACUAAAAAGUAGUUUAUGUAUUGCACAACACCCUAGAGAUUAUCCUCUGGUACCUAAAAAUUCUCAUACUUUUUAUAGCAAAGUUUAUACAGAAUUGAAAAGGAGGUUUACAACAGUUAUUGGGUUUAAAAAUGCAACUUGUGAAGAUACUUGCUUGGAUAGAAGUAAAGUCUGUAUUGAUUGGGGAAUUCAAGUGCUGAACAACCUUGAAAUUUUGAAAGAAAAUUGAGAAGAAACUCCUCGCUUUAGAAUAUGGGCUAGUGGAAAACUGAGAGCAUUUAGCCAGCUUGAUAUACAAGGAGAAGCUGAAGGGAAAAUGCUAGGAAUUAUAACAAAAGAAAAGAAAAACAUUUUAAUCCAGGGAGAUUGAGAAACUCUGAGCUGCAGUCAAGCUGAUGAAGAUACUUUUCCAAUUUGUGCGUGCAAAUAUAGCCCAGGCAUGAUUUCAGAUCGUCCUUGGCUCUGUUUUUCUGGGUAACUCUCCACGAAUUGGUUCUCCAGCUCGUAUUGGCAAACUAACUCAGGGAGUUGACAAAUACGCCCAAUAAGAAGCAGUGCCAACUCCCAGAGUUGGUUUGCCAAUACGAGCUGGGGUGAUUUGCUCAGAAAAGCAGGGCCCAGGACGAUCUAUAUCAUGUCUGGACUAUAG